AUGAAGCUAUUGAUAUUAAGCGGUCUUUUUAUCGCCGAGGUAACAAGUCUCCUCGUCGACUCAAACACUCCCGUCCAUUUGUUGAAAACUACCAACUCUGGUCUAAUAAAAGACACCAAAAUUGGCCUGUUUGAUAGAAGCAAAAUUUCAAAAUUUUGGAAUAUCUAUCAAACUCUUCCGUCUAAUUCUAUUGAAGAGUCCGCUGAGAUAAGCAGAUACUGCAAUGUGAAGAACAACCGAGUUGGUAAAAUCCUCCGUAGAGUUAAUAGUAAACCUUCGGAAGAAAACGUUGAUCUUGGAAUUUGGGACACUUUGGGAAGCUGGUUUAGUUAUGAGCCCAUCAGAAGACCAGUCAAACCACACACUCCUACGCCAGAUCUGUACGCUUCUUUUGACACUCUAAAUGAACUAAUCAGUCGAUUGUACGCUUUUUGGGAGGGCGUUGAUCAACUUUAUGCGCCCUUAAGUAAUCCCAAAUUUAAGCUGAGCAUUGCUGGUGUUUUGGUUCCAACAGAUCCAGAUGUAUUUGAAUUUUUAAAAGGAUCUUCGAGUUUCUUCAGCUGGUCCAGCGGUUUCGAUUACGAAGACGUUAAAUAUAGCAUGGAUUCUUGGUUAUACAAAUACAAAGCAACAUUUUCUGAUGAUGACUACGAUCUAUUCUUCAAGAGACAAUGCGCUGUUUUCAACAACAAUUGGACUAGCCACAGUCGGAGGAAAAUCAACGAAAAAUACAACACUGAGUGGUCAAGUUGUUCUCAGGAAGGUUUACGACAGUAUUUAAGUAAUUACGAGCCUACAUGCCUGUACAACAAACCGAAAAGUUUAAACAUGUAA